GGGGCGCCCCGGGAGCUGUGCAGAGGAGGGUUCCACGCUGCGUGAGUUCCUUGUUUUCGAGACCAGGGCCUCUGAGCCUCGCAGUCUACGCUUCGCUUAAGUGAGCUGGCGGCAACCGUGUAGAGGCGUCCAGCUGAGGAUAUGAACUUUGCGGAUGUAGCCAUUGCCUUCUCUCAGGAGGAGUGGGGGCUCCUUGAUGAGGCUCAGAGAUUUCUGCACUGCACUGUGAUGCUGGAAAUCUUUGCAGUUGUAGCAUCUGUGGGUUGUUGGCAUAAAAAAGAAGAUGAGGAAGCCUCUUGUGAGCAGUGUGUACCUAUAAAAGAAGAGUCACUGGUUGGGGCUUUUAAUACAGCUCCAGCAACUCAGAAGGCCCAUCCUUGUCAGCAGUGUGUCUCAAUCUUGAAAGAUAUUUUGCAUGUGAUUGAGUUCCAAGCAGUAUACCUUGAGCAGAAAGCAUUCUUCAGCAACGUGUCUGUGAGAGGCUUCUGUUUCCGUGGAAACCUACACCAGCAACAAAGGCCUGCCAGUGCUGAGAAGCCCUGGGGGGCAGAUACAGACAUGGUCUCAUCUGUGACCAGGUACAGCUUUUUCGUAUCAGGGGCACCUCUCAUAUGUGGGGCGAUUGGGGAGGACAUCUCAGCUAUCUCAAGCUUUCUCCAGCACCAGGCCACUCCUAAUAGUGAGGAGCGACACAGUGGCAUUGAGAGUAGGAAGGCCUUUCAUGGUGGAGAAAGUCUUCAGCUGUUGGGUGAAUGUGAAGACGCUGCCAGCCAGAACCACAAACUUAUUCAGUGUGAGAGUAUCUGCUGCAAUAAAGAGUUUUAUGAGCAUCACCUCCAGACACACAGGAGAGUCCACACUGGAGAAAAGCCUUAUGAAUGUAGCGAAUGUGGAAAAACCUUUGGGAAAAACUUUAACCUCCUUCAACAUAGGAAACUUCACACUGGAGAAAAGCCUUUUGAGUGUAGUGAUUGUGGGAAGUCUUUCAGCCAAAGAUCUAACCUCUUUCAUCACAAGAGAGUUCACACUGGAGAAAAGCCUUAAGAGUGUUGUAAUUGUGGGAAGUCCUUCAGCCGAAGCUUUAGCCUCCUUCAACACCAGAGAGUUCACACUGGAGAAAAGCCCUUUGAUUGUACUGAUUGUUUGAAGUCCUUCAACCAAAGGUCUGCUUUCAUUCAACACAAGAAACUUCACACUGGAGAAAAGCCAUUUGAGUGUAAUGAUUGUGGGAAAUCUUUCACACAAAGUAGUAUGCUCAUUUAUCACUGCAGAGGUCACACUGGGGAAAGACCUUAUGAGUGUAGUGAGUGUGGGAAUUGUUUUAGACAAAGCUCUAGCCUUUCCCGUCACCACAUAGUUCAUAGUAGAGUAAAGCCUUAUGAAUGAAGUGAAUAUGAGAACAACUUUGGACAUAUUUUUUUUUAUUUUAAAUAGACACUUAGGAAAGAGAGAAAAAUAUUGAUUUGUUGUUCACUUAACUAUUCAUUCACUAGUUGAUUAUUAUAUUUGCCCUGACCAGGGAUCAAUCCUGCCACAUUCAGGUGUUGGGAUGAUGCUUUAACCUAGCCAUGGCUAGAAAAUUUUUAACUUCAUAUGAUCUAAAACGUUUCACACUCAAGAAAUGCUUUCUCAGUGCAGUGAUUGUGGGAAAUUUUUUUAAUGGUAUUUUUGAAAGAUUAUAAUUGGUAGUGUUCUUUUUUAUAGAGAGAAGGCACGGGAGGAAAAGAGUAAAUAAACAUCAGUUGGUUGCCUGUGGCAUGCUCACCAACUGGGGACUGGGCCUGAACGAUAGGCAUAUGUCCUGACAAGUGAUCAAACCACUCUUGAGGACAAAGUUGAACCAACUGAGCUGUGCCAGUCAGGAUGAU